AUGUUCACUAGAUCAUUGGUUAAAGGUAGUGGCAGAAUUGCUACUACUAGAUCAUUGGUCAACAAUUCUACUAGUUGGGUUUUGAAGAAUCAAUUCAAAAAAUAUUCCACAUCAACUCCUCCUAAAGUUACCAAAUCAAAAUCUUCGACAAUCGGUAAAAUAUUCAAAUACACUUUGUACACUGCUGUGAUAUCGGUUAUUGGUUCUGUCGGUUUUAUCGGUUACAAAAUUUACGAAGAGUCCCAACCUGUCGACCAAGUGAAACAAACUCCAUUGUUCCCUAAUGGUGAAAAAAAGAAAACUUUGGUCAUUUUGGGUUCUGGUUGGGGUGCUAUUUCAUUAUUGAAAAACUUGGAUACCACCUUGUAUAAUGUUGUUAUUGUUUCCCCAAGAAACUAUUUCCUUUUCACUCCUUUGUUACCAUCCGUUCCUACUGGCACUGUUGAAUUGAGAUCUAUUAUUGAACCAGUCAGAUCAGUCACCAGAAGAUGUCCUGGUCAAGUUAUCUAUCUUGAAGCAGAAGCUACUAGUAUUAACCCUAAAACUAAUGAGUUGACAAUUAAACAAAGUACUACCGUUGUUUCUGGUCAUUCUGGUAAAGAUACUUCCUCCUCUAAAUCAACUGUUGCCGAGUACACUGGGGUUGAAGAAAUCACCACGACAUUGAAUUAUGACUAUUUAGUUGUUGGUGUUGGUGCUCAACCAUCUACGUUUGGUAUUCCUGGGGUUGCUGAGAAUUCGACAUUUUUGAAAGAAGUCAGUGAUGCUUCUGCUAUUAGAAGAAAAUUGAUGGAUGUUAUUGAGGCUGCUAAUAUUUUACCUGAAGAUGAUCCAGAAAGAAAGAGAUUAUUGUCCAUUGUUGUUUGUGGAGGUGGUCCAACUGGUGUUGAGGCUGCUGGUGAAAUCCAAGAUUAUAUUGACCAAGAUUUGAAGAAAUGGGUUCCUGAAGUUGCCGAUGAAUUGAAAGUCUCUUUGGUGGAAGCUUUACCAAAUGUUUUGAACACAUUCAACAAGAAAUUGAUUGAAUAUACCAAAGAAGUUUUCAAGGACACUAAUAUUAACUUGAUGACUAAUACCAUGAUUAAAAAAGUCAAUGAUAAAAGUUUGAUUGCCAACCACAAAAACCCUGAUGGAUCUACUGAAACUAUUGAAAUUCCAUAUGGUCUUUUGAUUUGGGCUACUGGUAAUGCACCAAGAAAUUUCACUCGUGAUUUGAUUUCCAAAGUUGAUGAACAAAAAAAUGCCAGAAGAGGUUUAUUAGUUGAUGAAAGAUUAAAAGUUGAUGGUACUGAUAACAUUUUUGCCUUGGGUGAUUGUACUUUUACAAAAUACCCACCAACUGCUCAAGUUGCCUUCCAAGAAGGUGAAUAUUUAGCCAAUUAUUUUGACAAAUUACAUGCUGUUGAGUCUUUAAAAUACACCAUUGCCAACCCAACUCCAAAGGACAAUGUUGAAAAAUUGUCAAGAAAAUUAGCUAGAUUAGAAAAGAAUUUACCUCAUUUUAUUUACAACUAUCAAGGAUCUUUGGCUUAUAUUGGGUCUGAAAAGGCUGUUGCUGAUUUAGUCUGGGGUGAUUGGUCAAAUAUAAGUUCCGGAGGUAGUUUUACCUUUUUGUUCUGGAGAUCAGCUUAUAUUUACAUGUGUUUAUCUGUCAAGAACCAAGUGCUAGUUGUGUUAGAUUGGGCUAAAGUCUAUUUCUUUGGUAGAGAUUGUUCUAAAGAAUAG